CCUUGUGGAGAGAAAUCUACCACCGCUCUCCCUCUCCCGGCCUGCACUCACAAGCAGCGGCGAAGCCUUCUCUGCCUUCUUCCUCCUCUCUCUUUCUGCCAUGAAGCCCCCUCACUUCACUGGGGAAGCGGCAGCCAGCGCCUCAUGGGCUCACGAGGUCAAGCAGGCCCUCCGUGACAAGCUCCGGUGGACACCCGCCGCGGGCACCACGGGCACCGGCGGCCACGGCGCCGCGAGGCCGCCGACGGCCUCCUCGGCUGUGACCGCCGAGCCGGCGGUGCAGCCGGCCCACGGCGCCGACUGCCGGGGCUUGGCCGCCGCCGAGGACCCCAUCAGGAGGGUCAUGUUCUUGGCCCCCUGGGGCCACACAUAAACGAGAAAAGCAAGUGCACGCACGGCCAUGUCCUGUCUUGGCCGGAUCUGCAAUUGCACCUCAACAAAAAUAUGGACUAGUACGUAUAUAUAUGUGGCCGUAUGGACCAUCAACUGAUGAACAUGAACUCAUCAAGGACCAAUUAAAAACUGGGACUAGAUCGGGAGAAGAAGAUGUGGUGCUUGAGGUAUUUGUUCAUGUUUCUCUUGGAGAGAUGCAUGCAUGCAUGGGGAGAUCUCGCCUGACGGGUUUGGUGCAUAUAUAUGGCCUAUGGGUGUUGCUGCCUGGCCGGUUGAAGCUGCAGCUUUGUUGUAGCCAUGAACCUGUUUUUUUUUUGUUUCUCUCCAGAAAAUCUGUACCAAGAGCCUGUGAAAAGCUAUGUGUGUAUGAGAGACUAUGAGCUAGCAAAAAGUUCUUCCUCCUUCC